ACAGCCACGUGUUUUUGAGCAGUGUUGACCGUGUAUAAAUAUUCGAUGUAUUUUAUAUUUGUUCAGUUAAUAAUUAAAUAACCAUGGGACAAAUAAAGGAUAUCGAUAUGGAAGAAAAUUCUGAAAAGAAAUCAGAUGUGGGUGAAGUAGAACCACCCAAGAUAAAUCCGAAGAAAAGGAAAGGCAGUUAUAAGGAGAAGCUUCUGUUAAUGAAGAAACAAAAAUUGUUAUCUGGUGAGGAUAAUGUUUUGGCUGAAGCUCAAGAACCAGUGCAGAAGGAAAAUAAACCAAAUUAUGCUCUAUACAAGCAGCCCACUGCAGAUGAAUUAAAUCAGUUGCGUGAAACUGAGAACUUAUUCAAUUCCAAUAUAUUUCGCCUGCAAAUCGACGAACUUCUGGGUGAAAUUAAAGUGAAACCGAAAUACGAAAAGUUAUAUGAUUCGUGGUUUGAGACAUUCAAGGAAUCUUUUAAAACCAUCACCGAAUUAGACACAAUUCCAUUGGUUAAUUUCAAGAAUGUUAAAGGUAAGAAAUUGAGCGCUCAGCAGAAGUUUAUCAAUCAGACAGUAAAGGAUUUGAAUCAUGAACUUUUUUCGAAACCUCACGAUCUUUCCAUGAAAUUUAAUAAGCCGGUUAGCGUAACACGUAUGGCUAAAUAUAAUUGUAUUUCGAGUAAAGAGUUGAAAUACAAUCCUAGUAUUUGCUUGGCUAUGCCUAAAGAAACGUUCUCACCAAAGAGCGAUUUCUUGUAUAAUAAUUAUGCCAUCAAGAAGUAUCAUUAUAUGGUUUAUGUUAUGCAACAUAUCAAGAGUUUGGAUAUCGUGAAAGAGGUGAAAAUCGAGAAUUAUUUUGGUAAUUAUUGGAUGCCAAUUUUGACGAUUGUGCCCAGCAAUUCCGAAAAGAUAACCAUUAAUUUAUUUGUGGUUCCUGAAGAGAAUACAUUUAAAAUUAAACGCUUCCUUCCGCAUAAUAAUAACAUUAAGAAAAAUAUUCUCACCGACAUGUUUGAAGACGUUAAAGUCGAAGAUUUCACUAAUGAAGGUACAUAUUUGCAUAAUUCGAUAAUUGCUCAUGACACUGGUUUAUUAUUGAAUAAUUCCACAAUUGAGGAGAAUCUGCGAGGAUUGCAGAAUAUACAGGAUGGUAUUAAACUUUUGAUGGUAUGGCUGAAGCAGAGAAAGCUGAAUGAAACCUAUGCUGGUUUCACAGAUGAUUUGUUGGUGUAUCUGAUAGUGUAUUUAAUUCUUAAGAAGAAAAUUACUAAACACAUGAGCUCUUACCAAGUAAUAAGAAUCUUCUGGUUCUUUUUGAGCUCUACUCAAAAUCUCCUAAGUAUUGCAAAUACCGUUAAAUUAGAGGAUUUAUCGAAUUUCAAGGAGUUUUCGCAUUUCGUUUUGGUGGAUGCGACUGGAUGUCUGAAUGUCGCUGCAUUCCUUGAUUCUGAAGUCUUCAUCAAAGUAAAAAACGAGGCUGCUUUGGCGGUGAAGAAUUUGGACAAUAACAGGUUCAACACAUUCACCACCUUGUUCAUAUCCAAGAUAACAUUUGCGAUCCAGUAUGAUGCCCUUCUAAAAAUCAAAGACGAUAGCAAUUUCUCAUCUGUGUUCGAUGGUUGCGAUACAACGAAUCGAUUUAAGUACUUUGGUUUCUACGAAAUGUUAAUCAGGAAACGGGUGAUGGACAAUCUGAAGAUGGGAUUAUCGAACAGGGUGUUGGAAAUCGUUCCAAUCUUAGCAGAGAGCACGAUGGAUAAACUAGUAUUUGGAAUUAAUCUGAAUCCGGAGACGUGCUUGGACGUUGUCGUCAAAGGUCCCAAACAGUUUGACGCUGAUGCGGCUAAGUUCAAAGAAUUUUGGGGACCGUUGGCCGAGUUAAGAAGAUUUAAGGAUACUUCCAUUUAUGAAGCAGUAUAUUUUGAUGAUGCAAAAACCAUUCAAGAUAAAAGGCAUAUCUUUAAAAAGAUUAUCAAAUACGUGCUCAAAGAAAAGAUGGGACUGAAAUAUACGCUCAAUGGGGACGAAAUGGAGAAAAUUUUAAAGAUCGACAAUAUUGUAGCACCGUUUCCCAGUGGUUCAAAUGAAGAGGCGACGUUAAAGAUAAAAGCCAUACAUUACGACAUGAGUAAAAUGCUUAGAGAUCUGGCAUUGCCUUUGCCGGUUACAGCGAUUCAAGGCCUCUCAAAUGUUUACAGUUAUACAAUGUGCUAUCCACCUAUUCCAACAAAUACCACUUUCAAUAAAUACAAUGUCGAGAGUACUAAGGAAUCGCACAGUCUGCUGUUAGGAGAUCUUUUAAAUGCCAAGCAUUUGCCGAAUUACAUAGAGCCGGUGGAAUGUGUCAUUGAGUUGGGAAUGCACUCUAAAUGGCCAAGGGAAUUGGAGCCAAUGAGAGCAAUGAAAAUGUUGUUCCUUUUUGAGAUGUCCGAUCUUCUUUGGAAGGAGAAGCAUGUGAGGUCUGCUGUUCGAGAGGAAUGUUGCAUUGAUAUAUUUUACGAAGGAUUGGUGUUCAGACUGUGGUUACAUCAUCCUAAAGAAAUAGGCUACCUUAUGCGUAAUGUUUCCGCUGACGGCGUCGUUUACUUUAAAGACUCCAGAGAUAGUUUGCACGUUGAGUCCAAAUUCAAAGUACUACCAAAAAUAAUUGGCGCUCUUAAUGGGAUUCAUCAAGAAUCUCCGAGCUUCGGUCCAAGCACGUGUCUGAUAAAAAGAUGGAUCAGGGCACAAAUGUUGGACGAAUCGCACAUUCCCGACGUGGUUAUAGAUCUAUUGAACGCUUCCUUAUACUUAACUCCGGAGCCAUUUUCUGUACCAACAUUGCCGCAGGUCGGCUUCAUCAGGUUUCUUAAAUUCAUCUCCGAAUUUGAUUUCAACAUGCAGCCUGUCGUCGUCAAUUUCAACGACAAUUUAACAAAUGAGCAAUUAUACGAAAUGGACGGUAACUUCCAAAACAACCGCGCAGAUUUCAGAGAUCUGCACAUCAUCACGCCUUACGACGAAGGAACCUCAAUCUUUACAAGGGAAUCCCCGAAUAAGGAUAUUAUCAGGGUGUUGCAAUUAUUGGCCCAAGCUACUUAUAAGCAUCUUACAGAUUGCAUAAUCUCCCAGGACUCGUUCAAAUUCAAGAGCGUAUUGGUGCCAAACAUAUCCGAGUACAAUUUAAUAAUUCACUUGGACGCGAAAUGCGUAUUGAAAUAUUUACAAAAAAUUGACUGCACUUCCACAAACGUAAUUAAGAUCGAGGAAUAUAAACAUGAUGCACGCACUAAAAUUCCUGUAGUUGGUUUCGAUCCAAUUCAGAUUUACUUAAAAGAACUCAGGAAAAAUUACGGCGAUUUCGCAUUAUUCUUUUACGAUUCUUAUGGAGGCUACAAAAUUGGAGUUUUGUGGAGGAAAAAGUCUCUGGAAGAGAAUGAUUUUAAGAUAUUGAAUGUGCCUGCAAGACAAAUCAAGGAUGGGAAACUACAGUUGAACAUUGCAGCAUUAAUUGAGGAUUUCAAGUGCUUAGGAACUCAUUGUGUAAAAAGUGUACAAAAAAUAAAUUGAUUUUAUAAUUAUAUAUUAAAUAAAAAUAAAAGAAAAAUCAGUGCUUAAUCAUGUAUAUGAGGCUAUCAAAACUAGUACAUA